GUUGUGGCCAAGGAGAGCUUUGAAUAGGGAAGUUUUGCUGGGGGUUACAUUCGCAGUCAUCUCAGUGUUUGCAAAUAUUGAGUAGGCUCCUGAGCAAGUAUCUUCUGGAGAGAAACCCAGGAGUGGAAAGCAAGAUUACCAGCCACCACCAGCAGCUGCAUUUUGGAGACUGCAAGAGAUAUAUAUAUUAAUAUAUACAGUAUAUAUAUGUAUAUAUAUAUAUCCAUACCGUACCUUGAUAUUGCUGUGCAAUUAAACUUUGCAUGAAACUUUUCCUUUAUUAUUAUAUUUUUUUUAAAAAAAGAAACCCUUUGCAUCUGAACUACCGAAGAGGAAUUUAAUAUAUAAUUAUUUUUUAUUUUUGAAAGAGGAAAAAAACAAACCUGUCUUCUUCUUUGUGGCCGUCUUUCCCUCUGGAGGAGGAGGAGGAGGAAGUGGGACUUUGUAAAUAGCUGGUCGUAUUUCUCUCGCCAUCACCUGCCAUCACGACUACCGACGACAGCAGCAGCGGUAGCAGCUGAGAAACAUCUGUAGCGGUGUUGAUACCUGUGCUUUUUCUUCUUCUUCCUUUAAGCGAGACACAUUGCAAUCGGACGUUGACCCUGUGGAGGGUUUAUUUGUUGCAACUUCUUUCCCCCCCUCCCCUUGAAAACAAAAACAAAAAAAACCAUGGAUGUGCUUCCAAUGUGUAGCAUCUUUCAGGAACUCCAAAUUGUCCACGACACUGGUUACUUCUCCGCUUUACCAUCUCUGGAGGAAUAUUGGCAACAGACAUGCUUAGAGCUGGAACGAUACCUUCAGAGCGAGCCUUGCUACGUAUCUGCCUCUGAGAUAAAAUUUGACAGUCAGGAGGAUCUGUGGACCAAAAUUAUUUUGGCGCGUGAGAAAAAGGAGGAAUCUGAACAGAAGGCCACGUGUGUUCCAAAGGAGGAAAGCGUAAAGACUCAGAGUUUAGAGACUAACAGCUUGAAUUCUGACAUCAGCAGUGAAUCUUCUGACAGCUCUGAGGAACUUUCGCCUACAACAAAAUUCACAUCUGAUCCCAUUAGUGAUGUCUUGGGCUUGACCAGUACAGGAAACUUGAGUUCAUCUGUCACGUCGACUCCUCCUUCCUCCCCUGAGUUGGGGAAGGAAGCUUCUUCCCAACCGUGGAAUUCUGCGCCUGGUGAAUUGCAUUCGCCGGGCAAAAUUCGUACUGGUAGUGGUGGAAAGACUUCAGAAAAGGGUGCCCCAGUGAACGGCGAUGCCUCUCCGGAUGGGAGGCGGCGGAUCCACAGGUGUCAGUUCAACGGGUGCAGAAAGGUUUACACCAAAAGUUCACACCUGAAAGCACAUCAGCGUACCCAUACAGGAGAAAAGCCUUACAGAUGCUCGUGGGAAGGGUGUGAGUGGCGUUUUGCGAGGAGUGAUGAGUUAACCAGACACUUCAGAAAGCACACGGGUGCCAAGCCUUUUAAAUGUAGUCACUGUGACAGGUGUUUCUCCAGGUCCGACCACCUGGCCCUGCACAUGAAGAGGCAUCUCUGAGUGGGUGAAGAGGUCGAAUCCUGUGGGCUAAGAGGCUUCGAGGUCAACCAGCCUUGAAAGGAGGGAUGCGUGUUCCAGCCAAAGCAUGCCAUUUUGCACCCUAACCCAGUUGCCUCCAGGGCCUCUCUUCCUUGGAAGGUCUUCAGAGGGCUAAACAAGUCAAUGUAAGGAAACGGCAUAGCGACCGCACGGUUGUGGGUCUCGUACGCGGGCACCCAACCUCCUACGCCUUCUGCCGUGAGCACGUGCACUGAGAAUGUUAAUGAUUGGACGACUGUAUGUUAUUGAAGAUCGUACUGGGCGACUGUAUGCUGAGGCACAUGAAUCCUUUUUUUGUUUGUUUGUUUAAUUUUUCUUCCGUUUCGUUCCUCGUGGUUGUUUUAUAACCGUAAGCGAGAGAGAGAGAGGAAAGGUCAGCUAAAUGGGGGAGGGCGGGAAAAAUCAUUUGCGUAUGUGAGGAGUAUGCCGCAAGAAAGGAGCGAUCAAUCAUUUCCAAGGGGCGGGGCGAAAGGGGUGUCUGCACCUUUAAAAAAAAAUAAAAGGAAGAAAAAGAAAGAGGGAGGGGAAGAUGGAGGGGAGGGGGUGGCGAGUCAGGACACCAGAAUGGAGGGAGGGGCCCCUAUCCUGUGUGAGAGGAGCUUUUGGUGUCUGGUCCAGCUAUUAAAUGUGCAAUGUGUCAAGUAGCUUGUUUUACUUGCUACAGAGCUCAUUUGUAAUCCAUUGUAUAAGCUGUGUAUUUACAAUAUAACACAACCUAUAACUUUUUCAUUAUAAUACAAAGAUUAUUGCAUGGUUCUGGGGAACUAUAUGCUUUUCCAUUCUUUAAUCAGGACUUGCAGGUAUUUCUUUUGUUUUCUCUCCCCCUCUCUCAAUUCCAGUUAAAAAGCUGCUACAAUGCAAUUGGUUUAAUGUUACAUAACAUACAGAUCCUGGAUUUUUAUUUUUUUAUUUACAUUUUUGUCCUGUUGGGUGGAUAAAACCACUGUAGGUUAGAAACUGUAAUUUUUUUAAGAAAAGAAAAGAAAAUUAUCAUGCAGCUAUGUUGGGGUUUUGUUUUUUUGUUCCUUUUAUCUUUUAUUUAUGCCUUGAGGUCUCUUACUUUCUGGUUUUCUAGCUGUUAAUGCACUGUUGACCUUAAUAAUGGUGCCUUAUGCAAAAGUGAUCUCUUCUCGCAAGAGGUCUUAUACAGGGGUAUGGGUGAUUUGUGCUUCAUUAAGGCUCUCUUGUCACCUGACAUUUGUACUGUAUCAAAUGUAAAUUAUGAAGAGGUGGAGGAAAGCAUAGGCUGAAUCUUCAGGGUUUUUUCCCCCUUGUAGAAAAGCAUCUUUGGACAUGUCAAUACAAUAUUACACUUUUCCUUUAAAAAAUCCCAUAGAAUAAUAUGACCAGUUUUGCCACCUUGAAAAUCCCUGUUUAUACAUCCUUGCACAACCAAUAAUAUGUGUACAGAACAUGCACCCUGAACUUCCCUUUCCCAUUAGAAAAAUAAUUAUUUGCUUAAAAUGGCACAAGUUCCAUCUCUUUAUAUCAAGCUUUCUCUUGGUUAAUACUAAAAUAAAAUUCUCUCUUUUUUAAAAUGGAAAAAGCCAAACAAAACAAAAAAAAGUUACCAAGCAGGCAGAAAGUUUCUUGGGUGUAUAUAUUUGUUUGUAUAGUAUUUGUAAGCACUGUGUGUUUGUUUAUUUGUUUGUUUGUGUGUGUGUGUGUAUGUAUGGAUAAUAUAUUUUUUCAAGGAAAGAAUUGAGUUCUUUCCUGUGAAAUAUCGCAGCCCAUAAGAAGUCCUCUGCUUUUCCUUAAGUUUUGUAAAGGAAGCAAACAAGUGGUGGUCACUAAACACAUAUAAAACAUCAUUAAAAAUAGUAUUAUUGGCUUGCAGACUACUUUAAAAGGAGUUUGGGCAGCGGCCUGGUGGUUGAAGAGAGGCUCUGAUGGGCGCAAAGGACUCUUGCGAAGAGAAAGCUGGGCUGCAUUCGCUUCUGUGUCGGGGGGCGCACUUGCGAGCUCAAAAAUCCCCGAAGCGAAUGGAGCAGAUUGGAACAUUUUCCUGAGGGCUCCUGCAGGAUUGGGCAUCUUUCAAUGCAACUUGGCAGCUUUCUGAAUCAGGCUCUCUCUUUCUCCAGACCAAUGAGCCUGCCAUUUCCCUUUUACCUUGGCAAGGUCCCAGGACUGCCCCUCUUGUCCCUUCCAACCAACUUUCUGCUGGUGUCCAUCUGACUCUCCAUCUGUCCCGAAGGUACAUCACCUUGAGGGCCAAGCUCACUUAGUGAGAUGUUUCUACAUCAACUGGAAGCACUAUGUCAGAGGUCACUCUGAUGUCGUUGAAUCACAACUCUCACCAUCCCUGACUGUUGACCAUUCUGGCAGGGGCUGAUGGGAGUUGUGGUUGCAUGGCAUCUGGAGGGCAAUGGGGGUCUCCACCUCCUGUGCCACAUUUAGCAAUUGAUAAUUCUAGCAGGAGGAAACAACAACAACAAAAA